CCGGGCUUGCCAGCACGCGUCAGCUACGCGUCGCGUCUAAUAAUAUUUUGAUCGCGAGCACGUCGCCCGUGCGAAACUUCGUCGCAAUCGACAAUUAUUCACAUUGUUUACGCGGAUAAAUAUCUAUAUUUGUAGAAGUAGUAAAACUAAACAGACGACGGGUAUUUUUAAAUAGGGAAGUAAUAAAUGUUACUUCGUCUACUCAUUGAAGAUUUGUGAGACUGUAAACUAUACAUACUAUCGUUCAACAAAUAUUACUUCAGAGACAUUUUAAAUUAUUGUAAGCAAAUGCUCACACAACGAGUAAUUCUUCAUGCAAUUAGAAAAUACUAAAUGAUGUGAGUAUGGGUUGCGCGUCUUCGAAAGCAUGCAGGACACUGCGUUGUACUAAAGUGAGCUACGAGGAUGACUCAGUGUCUUCGUGCACGUCAUCGUCCUGCACGUCCCAGGUGCGCAACCAUCGCCACGGGGCGCGCGAUGGUAAAACGCCGUGUACGUGCACGCCCUUCCUGGCGAGCAUCUUCCCAACCAAUUUUAUUCGCAUGCUCAUGAAAACGCCGGAUGUGAGCAUGUCAAAAUUGGAAAUCACUAUGAAAGCGGCGCUGCUCAUCCAACGUUGGUAUCGACGUUACCUGGCACGUAUCGAGGUGCGACGUCGUUACACGUGGACCAUCUUCCAAAGCAUCGAGUACGCUGGCGAACAGGACCAAGUCAAAUUAUACAAUUUUUUCAACGCGCUGCUUACGCACAUACCAGACACGACCAAGCCAAGGGUGUCGUCGGCCGGAUCGAAAAGCUCAUCAAUCGAAAACUUAGACAUGCAUUUUGUCGACGAGUCAGAUGACCAAGAAGAGGAGGACAUGGAGCAUGUUGAGAAAAAAUAUCGUGGCAUCCACAUCAACUUCCCGAUGCAAAAGGACGAUCUAGAUAAGCUGAUCGAAUUCUUCCGGCGGAAAAAGCAACAACGAUUACAUGCUAAGUAUGUUGCACAAAUUCUCCGAGAUGGGAUUGACCGCCUCAAAGUGCAACCAAAUAUCAACGUGGCUUCCACUGCCAUUUCGAAGCAGAUAACCGUUUGCGGGGAUUUGCAUGGAAAACUGGACGAUCUUCUAGUCAUCUUUCACAAGAAUGGUCUGCCUUCCCCGGAAAACCCAUACGUUUUCAACGGAGAUUUUGUAGAUCGUGGUAAAAAAGGACUUGAGGUUUUGCUACUUCUCCUCGCCAGUUACAUUGUUUUUCCGGGUGGCGUGUUUCUGAAUCGAGGAAACCAUGAGGAUCACAUUAUGAAUAGUCGUUAUGGGUUUAUAAAAGAGGUGCAAAUGAAAUAUCGCCACAAUUCAGAAAAACUGCUGAAGUUGAUUGACGGCGUGUACCGCUGGCUGCCACUAGGCACAGUCGUCAAUAAUCGCGUGCUGAUUGUACACGGUGGUAUUUCCGAUAACACCGAUUUGGACCUCAUCAAAAACGUCGAUCGCGCAAAGUACUCGUCCUUACUGAGACCACCGCUACAUUCCGACGGAUCGGCGCCGGGCGCUGAAUUAAUUGAUAAAGUGGAGUGGAAGCAGCUCUUCGAUAUUCUCUGGAGUGAUCCUCAAUCGAAUGAGGGUUGCAUCCCAAAUGGACUUCGGGGAGCUGGUACCUACUUUGGGCCAGACGUUAGCGCCAAAUUUCUACAGCGUAACAAAAUGCUUUACCUGAUCAGAUCGCACGAAUGCAAACCAGAAGGCUACGAAGUCGUUCACAAUAAUCGGGUGAUAACAAUAUUCUCGGCUUCUAACUACUACGAAGUGGGUUCCAACAAAGGCGCAUAUUUGAAGCUGGUCGGACAGAAUCUAGACACGCACUUUAUACAGUAUACUUCCAACGUCGGGAAAACCAAACGCUUGACGUUCAGGCAGCGUGUCGGUCUGGUUGAAGAGUCGGCGAUGCGGGAACUGCGCGGCCACAUUGUGUCAAACCGAGAAGCAUUGGAAAGUAAAUUUGCUAAAUCUGAUCCUGAAAAGACUGGUUUUAUUUCUUUAAGCGAUUGGUGCCGAGUAAUGGAAGACGUAACGGAGCUAACACUUCCAUGGAGAAUGCUUAAGACUCAACUAGUUGUCCAAGAUCCUGAUACCCAGCUCGUUAAAUACUCCAGUACUUUUGACAAAAUGAUGCUGCAAGGCCAAUCUAACAAUGGAGGAAAUGCGAAUAACGUCGUGGAAACGCUCUACCGAAACAGAAGCAGCUUGGAAGCAAUUUUCCGGAUUAUUGAUAAGGAUAAUUCAGGUUUCAUAACUUUGGAAGAGUUUUCGGACGCAUGUAAUCUAAUUAAGGAGCACAUGCCGAAUCCGAUCACCCAAGACCAACUUGAAGAUAUUUGCCGACUGAUGGAUAUGAAUAAAGAUGGUUUAGUAGACCUAAACGAGUUUCUCGAGACGUUCAGGAUGGUUGAUCCGAUGCAGAGGCGCAUGCACGAUGGAUAUUGUGAAAAUGACGACGGUGGUUUCGGAAAUGACGAUGCAGGUCAAGACGGCGCAGGUGGUAAGGUAGACGGCGAAGAUGCCCGGCAACGUAACGGGAGCGCGACAACCGCACUUGAGACGCCUCUGUAGAGUGUUUUAAUUGGCGGGACCUGCAAGUCUUUGCAAGUUCUCCGUGGUGGCUUUCCGGAGUGCUGGCGGCAAGCUUCAUCAUUGCACGACUAAAACACUGAUCCCUUCGCGUCCUAUGCUCACACUAUGCCGGAAGCUACUGCCAAAAUGGCACAUUGCCAAAACGACACCCCAGCAACAAUCCUUCCAGAUGUUGAAACAUCACUCACGAAAUGAGCCUACAAACAUUUUGAAUUGUUGCUGCUGGUAAGAAUUAUUGAUUUUAUAUGUUAUCAAUCGUAAAUGAGUACAUCACGGCUUGACCACAAUUCGGAAAUGACAUGAAGAUUGCGUUAGCACGUGAAUUUGAUGGUUCCUGCUUAAUUUUUAAUUAGUCUAUACUGGACCAUAACAUGAAAUACAUGCCCUAUUACAGACAGUUUGCAUUUGACUAUAUUUGCUCGAACUGUGCGCCAACAAAUCGAUCGAACAUAUGACGCAUCAAAUGCUCAAACACACAGCAACCAGAAUACAAACAUAAACACAAUUCAGGCAAAUCAGCUAAAACAGAUAUUCUCAAUCAAAAAAAGUGUUGGUUGUGUGCGUUGAUUGAAAUUUUAUUAUUAAUUAUUUUUAAAUAAUUUAAUUCACAUGCAGCAUGUUUUGCGUUUUAUAUAAAUCACUGUCAGACACGCUGGACUGUGUCUUAACAUGAUCAGUAGUCCAAGAAAUUGAAAAAUGUUUAAUGAAAAUACUAAUUGUAAGAUAAUUCUUGUUGGGGGCCAGUCUAAAACAACUCUAGAGCUUUAUAAAACAUAUUAAAUCUAUUUAAAAUCGCUUCGAAUGGCUAAAGCAAAUCUGAAAUUAAACAAAUCUAAUCAACUUAAAAAUAAGUUGAACAUAACUAAAAAUAUAACUAAAAAAAUAUUAAUUUGUUUAAGAUUCUAUCUAGCAUAAGAGUGAACUUUAAGGUUUACUGAAAAUGAAUUUAAAUCCAAAUAUUUUGUGAUAUUUUUUUAUGAACGUGAUCUUUUCUAAUAGUAAAUAUUUGUUACACAUUAUUUUUCAAAUUGGAAAAUAUAAACAUAUAACUACGUAUUACGAUAAAAUUGUUGAUUAUUUGAAUAUAUAAAUUAGAAAAUCAAGUUUGAACGAAUCUACUUUUAGACUUAAUUUAUUAAUGUGAUUGUUUUAAUGAUAGUUUAAUUUUAUGACCAAUGAAGGGUUAAAUGAUAUUUGUUAACGAAGAUGUCUCUUCAAAGCGUCCAAACUUUAAUAUACUAACGAACCAAAUACGACAUAUUUAAUAUGUAAUGAUAUCUAGUCAAUCUUUAUAUUAACUAUGCAUAGAUUAACAAAUCAUGGUCUAUAAAAUAGUCUUAUAUCUAAUAGACCCAUUUAUCGCAAACCUCUCAAAUAAUUUAAGAUUUAAAUUAAUUGUUUAUUCUAUUUUGAAUGUGCUUAACAUAAGGCCGAUUGACUGGUAAUAUCUGUGUAUGAAAAACAACAUAAAGAUUAUCAAUUUCAAUGUAUUCAAUUCAAACUUUCAAAGGAAAAAGAAACUAAAUAAAUAUAACAAUAUAUUCUAUAAA